ACGGGUGCAAUGUGACGAGUCGGGAGAGACUGGGACACAGCCUUAACCGCGCGGAAGGGAGGGAGGGUUUAACCAUUAACCACCAUUAACCAUUAAGGCAACUGUGCGGAGCCGGUACCAUACAUAAGGCGUGCGCACCGGCGUCCACGCCUCAGCCUGAGCGCGUUACCAAGAGGAGAAUACAUGCAGCCAGGCAGCCACACGGAGUCCUUCCUCAGUUACUGAUCCUCACACCGGUUUGUCCGCUUCUCCUCUCUGGACCGCUGACACUAAAAGGUGACUGCCCACUCUGGUUGGAGAGGUACUUUUCAGCAGCCGGUAAUUCAAUCUUCGUACUGCAGAUCUUUAAAUAUCUCCCUUGAAAAAACCUCCUAGCAUCCACGUGGUGUAAGGUGAGACACCGACCAGUCUGACAUGAUCAGUGGACUGAGAGCCUGACCAGUCUGCACUGCAAUCUGGCCACUUCAGACCUCUGACUUUUUUUUCCCCUUAGCUAAAAGUCAAGCUGUUUAGAAGAAGAAGAAAAGGGACUGUUUACAAGUGACUGGAGGGGAUUUCUGUGGUGAGUCCCUGAGCCAAUCAUUCUCUUUUCCCCUCUGUUUUGAACUAGUAUGCUUUCUUCUUUUUUUUGCCGGCCUACCCUAAGCACCUUGCAGUGAAUGGAGAACAUACUGGUCUUGCUCCCGAAGCACCGACAGGAACACGGGCUCUGCAGACGCACGGCUGCAUGUGCCUUGCUGCAGCUUUUUUCCCACAGAGCAGUUUUCUCCUGGUCUUUGAUAGUGACCAUCACACCCUGUAAGCCUCUUUAAUGGGAUAAAUCACUUGGACUGAUCAGGUCCAAAACCAGAUCAGGUGGUCAAUUCCAUUCUGACUUCCCCAAAACUGUAAGGCCAAGGCAACCUGACCUUUUCUUGUCAAGCCCACCGUCUUCCAAAGGCUUCCGCAUGGUACUUUGGUCGAAAGAACAAGACAAACUCCCCGACAUCGACAUGUCCUCUGGGGCUAUUGAGAUGAAGGAGGGAGGCCCCCUGACACCGGCCUUCCUCAACUCCAACUGCUCUGUCCACCCAGUGAUCCUCACCAAGGGACCUGAGGAGGUGAGCCCAGGGACUGGGGGCGAGCUUGAGCUCACAGAGGUCGCAUCUUUCACAGAGAGGCCCAGUGAGACUGGGGAGGAUGAGGAGAGGUCGGAGAUUGUGGUGACGAUGGACUGCCGGGCCAAUGCCAAAGGACAGCGGGAGGAGGAUGCUCUCCUGGAGAAUGCAAGCCAGAGCAAUGAGAGCGAUGACACCAGCACCGACCAGAGCCCAGAACCACCAGCGCCUCUCAAGGAGACCUCCUUCUCCAUUGGCCUGCAGGUGGUCUUCCCCUUCCUGCUGGCCGGGUUUGGGACAGUGGCAGCGGGAAUGGUGUUAGACAUUGUCCAGCACUGGACAGUGUUUACGGAGGUGUCAGAGGUGUUCAUCCUGGUUCCAGCACUACUGGGGCUCAAAGGCAACCUGGAGAUGACGCUGGCCUCCAGACUUUCCACAGCGGCUAAUAUUGGUCAGAUGGACACAACCAAGGACAUGUGGAAGAUGAUCAUGGGGAACUUGGCCCUCAUCCAGGUCCAGGCCACAGUCGUGGGUUUCCUGGCCUCCAUAGCUGCUGUGAUCUUCGGUUGGAUCCCAGAGGGACACUUCAGGCUGGGCCACGCGGUACUGCUGUGUGCCUCCAGUGUGGCCACUGCCUUCAUCGCCUCUCUGCUGCUAGGUCUUGUCAUGAUCGGUGUGAUCAUCGCAUCCAGGAAAGUCGGCAUCAACCCUGACAACGUGGCCACACCUAUCGCUGCUAGCCUCGGAGACCUGAUCACCCUGUCCCUGCUGGCAGGCAUCUCAACAGCACUGUACAAGGAGCUAGAGUUCAACGACUAUGCCAACCCGCUGGUGUGUGCAGUGUUUGUGGCGUUGUGCCCCCUAUGGGUGCUGAUAGCCAGGAAGAUCCCAUCCACCAGAGAAGUUCUCUACUCCGGCUGGGAGCCCGUUAUCAUCGCCAUGGCCAUCAGCAGUGUUGGUGGUCUGAUCCUUGACAAGACUGUCACCAACCCCAACUAUGUCGGCAUGGCUGUCUUUACUCCAGUCAUCAACGGUGUGGGAGGUAACCUGGUCGCAGUUCAGGCCAGUCGUAUCUCCACCUAUCUGCACAUGAAUGGUCUACCCAUGGGGGAUCCGAACCCCACCCCCAGGAAGUGCCCCACACCCUGCACCUCAUUCUUCGGCUCCAGUGUGAACUCUCGUUCGGCUCGUGUGCUCUUCCUGCUGGUUGCCCCAGGUCACCUAGUCUUCCUCUACACCAUCAACUCCCUGAGGGGAGGACACACCACCCUGACACCCAUCUUCAUCACCUUUUACCUGGCUGCUGCACUACUGCAGGUGAUCAUCCUCCUCUACCUGGCAGACUGGAUGGUGCACUGGAUGUGGGGCCGCGGGAUGGACCCUGACAACUUCUCCAUCCCCUACCUGACUGCUCUGGGUGACCUGCUAGGAACCGGCUUCCUCGCCCUCUGCUUCCACAUGCGCUGGUUCAUCGGGGACAGAGACAGCAACGCGGGCAACUGAAUGCACGCACAGACACACACACACACACACACACACGCACGCACACACACACACACACACAAAAAAAAUCACAUUCGCUUGCACGCACGGACAGUGACAAAUAUCACCUGUAUGCCUGAACCUGAUCUGAAACUGGACAACAUUUAAAAUGAAAGGGCUAAUCUCCUGAAGGACUCUGAUUGACAGUAUAGUGCUCUUGUAGGGCAGUAGUGUUUCAUCUUCAGGAUAUCAGGACACUGAUGCACCACAGCAGCAACCCAGAACCACAGCAGUAUCUACGUUUCACCUUAGAAAGGAUGGAAACACACAUAUCUCCACCUCUACCACUGAACAAAACUUUACCUAUGAUGGAUCCAACCCCACAGACUCCACUUCUCCUCCUUUAUUUUACUUAAUAACAGAGUCCUACUACUUUUGUUAUAUUGACAAUGAUUAUUAUUGUUGGUGAAUAAUGCAUUUGAUAUGAAUCGAUAUCUGUUCUAUGUGAGGGGCCAGUCCUCAUUAUUUUCAAUGGGGACACUAGCCCUCCUGUUUGUAAAGAUCAACUUUUAACACUUGAAACCAAGACAACAAAAACACAGAAAAAAAAUACACCCAAACAUGCCUAGAAUGCUUAAUCACCAAGUGCUAUGUCAUAUAUACAGAAUGAAUAUUCUAUGAAUUGCAAAUCUAAUAUGUCUCAUUUCUUUAGUAGAGUGCAUAGGGCUGCUGUAGCUGUUCUCUCUGUUUUGCUUUGGCCUUGCGACAGCAGGAAACAGGGUUGAGGGGUGUUACUACAGGGGACUGGACCACAAACGUAACAACCUAAAUCCCUUUUUGGCGCAGCUCACAUCAGCGGGUGGUUUAAUUUGAGUUGGAACAGGGACAGGAAAUCAAGGUUGGAAUUCCCGCCCUUUGAGAAUUUAGAAGAUCAGACCUGAGGUCAGAUGGCAGUCCAACAAACGCUUACGUCAACCACUACAGGAACGGAUUUACCUCUGAUUCUGUUGGCAGUUGAGAAUCGCCUAUUAAAGCCUAUUUAAAAGUUUCUGUGUUCAUUCACACAAUAGCCUGUCUUUUAUCCUUUAAACUUCCUUUAGAGUCCACAAAGGUCACGCUACUUCCAUUUUUUUGGCCCAAUCUACUAAAUACUGGCAUUCUGAAAUGUCCGGAGUCAGAAACAGAAACGGUGGAAAAUAGUAUGUCGAAAAUGGCCAGACAACUGUCGGUUAGGAAUGUGUCACUGUACCUGACACACAAAAACCCACACCUCACUGUUGCAACACACUGUGGGGUUUUUUGUGGACACUAGGAGGUUAGAGAGGUCUUAUUUUGCUGCGGGCUGUUCCAGGUGAGAAUAGCACCAGUCCCCCUGUCUGAAACCAUCUUCCAACUCUCUACUGGAGCAGGCUAGUUGUUGUUGUUGUUUUGUUGCCCAAGCAAGGCUUACAGUAAGUGACAAGAGGCUCAACAUGCUGCCACGCACUGGAACAACCCUGCAGAGCUCAGCCAACUGAACGGCAUUGUGUUCACACAUGGUGUGAAAGUGUGUUAAGUGGCCUUAGCCAGGAUGUGCUCACCAGAGUUCAACUGAUACAGAUGAAAGGUUGAAAUGAUCGCUGAUAAUUUGUGUGGAUAUUUGAUAUCUUUAUAUCUAUGAUUUGACCAUUUUGAUUCUCACAAAGCAUUUAGGACAAAGUUGAACUCUAAAUUUGAGGUUGGUUAACAGUCACAUUAUCUGACCAGAGGAAGUUGUGGUAAACCUUUAAAGUAUCCAGUGUUGCUUUUUAUUCAAAGAUCAGUGUAGUUCUUGAAGCUGUCUGAGGGCCCAGUCAACCAGCACUGAUAAAGGCCCGGUCACACCAGUGUUCAAAACAGCAACAUUAGCAGUAAAAUCAGUUCACUCAAGUGGAAUCAACACAAUCAGUGGAUUCGCUUGCAGGGGCGCAAUUGUUUUUGUCAAGCCGUCUUGAAAGUGUUGACCUUUGAGGGAAUAGAGAGGCCAAAAUGGAGGAAGCUACCAUUAGCUGUGUUGCACCAUCCACUUUUACUUAACCUCAGUUAGAGUAUAAACAGCUUCACAAAAGAGGAAUGUUUUGCAGACCAUUAACAGACAGGAGUUGAUGGAAGAAUAGGUCUUUUGAAUAAACCUCAUGAAUUUAUUGUCCUGUUAGUGACCAAGCUAAAGAGAUUGUUAACUGACAGUUGGAGAGCUUUUAUCUCCCUUAAGUAACUCUUUAUUUAAUAGAAUUAUCUAUAAUGCUGGUAACAAAACGCCAAGGUGAAUUAAGUGGACCAGUACAGAGAAAAUUGAAAGAAACUAUGUGUAAGAGCUAUUGUGACUUACUUGUCCUAGUAUGUUUCCGGUUAGCCAGCAUUAUCUGCAUAGGCCACAUACCUUUCGUGUUGACUUCAAAUCUGAUGAACUUUGGCAUGAUGCUUUUGGACAGUAGUGUAGCGACAGGGAGGUGCCUGUCAUAUUAGCCAUGCUACACUAUCUAAUUUCAUACGUCUCUGCUCUUCAACAGUCAGCAAGCUUCACCUACUUCUCGAGGAUGCACAAUUAAUUUCACAGUACUAGUUUCUGGUGUGGCUGGGCUGAGGUGGGUUUCAUUACAGGGAUUUUUUUCAGACGCUGUAGAGUGAGUUCGUGUAAAAUUCUCAAAAAAUGUGCUUUUUUUCUCUGAUCACACAUAAAAAUGAUAAAAUAACUAAUAAUAACACUUAUAUCUGGUUGUGGGGGAUUCUGACCGUUAUUGGACAAUGUUUAAUCAAAGGGCUAAAUCUUAGUGAGGCACUGAUCUAACGUGCCCUUUAACACACAUAUCUGCCACCUGUCUUUUUGAAACUCAGCUGACCUGAGCUGACUGUUUUUGAGGACUUACAGGUGAGGAGGAGAAUGAAAAGGAAGUUGUGAGUGAAAGAAACUGCAAACAGCCAUUUUGACAGACUGUACCGAGUACAGAUGUCGGCCCAGAGGCAAAGCCUAGUGUGUUAGGAGUAACAUGCAUGUGAUGCUUGACUUAUCUGCCGCUUGUCAGACUUCUGUGUUGUUUCGAAGGGGCCAGCAGAAUGCAUGUGCAGGGCACAUAGUGUGAAUGUGCAAAACGUGAUUAUUUUAUGUUAAAAAUCUUUUGUUGUGAAUGUGACUGAUUUUUAAAAAUAUGUCAGUUAUGUUCAAAUUGUGAUUUUUUUUUUUUUCUAUUCCUUUCCUCCUUUCCCUAAUCGUUUUAACUCUUUGUGAUUAUUGUUUUGUGUCAUGAAUAUCAUCAAGAAGACAACCACUGUAAAGAUGAAGCAACUACUCCGAGCUGGUCAAAUGUACAAAGUACUGUAAUCUAUAAAACGGACACCAGAGGGCACCGCAGGGAUUCUUUUAACUGUACUACUUCUCUGUGCAUCUCUGUGUCCUCUGGAUUUAAAACAACAUAUAUACGUCCACUCAGUGUGACAUUUAUUUUGUCUUCUUUUCUACAGCGUUUGACUUGUUGUAAAAGUUGCAUCCUUCCAUCUGUUCACUCUCAGUCUGUAUCCUCCACUCUUACUGACCAGGUGCCAGCAUUCUGCCUCUAUGUCAAUGGAAAGUUGUGAAUACUUCUGUCAGGGGGCAGGUAAUGCUUUGUCUAUUUAUUUUUAGGAGCACACAAAGCAAAUUGUACAUACUAUAUUUAUUCUAUAUAUAAGGUUGUUUAUUUUGUCAUUUCAUUUUGACUCCGUUUCUGUGUCACCAUGUUGUUGUCCUUUUUCUCUUCUCCUUUAUGUUUUUCUUUUCUUUGCAAAAGGCCAGUAGAGCUUUUUUUGGCGCUUGCCGCAAUAGAAUGGCGGUGAGGCAAAUGAAUAGCACGGUGCCUAAUACACACUUCACACAUAUGCACACACACCCUGUUUCACACAGGGAAAGCAUACUUAUAAGACAUAGAAUGGCCUUAACCUAUCAGAGCCAAGCUCAACUCAGAGUAACCAAUCAGGAGCUUGGUUCGCCACAGAGUAGCGUCUCUUUAAUUAGCUUUGAUUAAUAAAAGAUGUACAGUGAGUUGAUUAUGAUGUGUAAUGUAAUAAUGACUUUAUAUGAUGCAGUGGUGGAGAGGAGGGCUGGGAGCAUCAGUUGCAAGCUUUUGUUCACACAUUUUUGCAAAAAUGAGGACUUGAAGGCUGAAAGAAACCUCAACAGGUUGGGUUUACAGGGCAUCUGAAAAGUCUGGAGUCAAGUUAAGCACCAACAGAAGUAAGAUUUCAACCCAUAAACACACCCCAGAAACAACAAAAACAAGUGCAGCAUGACAAAAAUGCAGCGUCACUCCCUCUGAUUCCAGAGGUUUCCCCUUGUAUUUAACAUGCCCAGCCUUUAAAUCCCUUCACCCAUCUACUGCCUUGUUAACCUCAGUGCUUCAGACCCCCAAGCCCCUCAAACUCACAGGGAACCAGGAUGAUCCUCAGGCUGCCGACAUCCACAUCGAGAUUGAGCCUUUGAUUCAGACACUAAGCUUUGACUUCCACCUGUCACCCUCAGAUCUGCUGCAUGUAAUGAUUAAUGAUGUAAAAACAUGUGCAGUGUCACCGGGGCCGAGGUCUUUGCAUUCUCUGUGUGUUCUUCUUGUAAAAGCCCUCCCUCUGUGAGGCUGGAGGAAGGCUUUCUCCCUGCAGGACUUUGUAAAUUGCUGGAAAUAAAGGACUAUAUUAUUUC